CAACACACGUGAAGAGAGACCGACACGAAUGAUCACUUCGCACUUCAAGUCGUAUUUACGGCAUUAACCUCGCCGAGGGAUCAUCGCGUUCGGUAUUGUCGGAGACGUCGGUGAAUUCUAAAUAAUACCUGAUCGGAUCGGGGCGCGAGGUGCGACACGACGCGACGAUACAGUGUCCGACGUAGGGUGCUGUUUGUUUACGUUCGCGGGCCGGCGAUUUGUUGUGACGCUUCGGGACAACGGGAGAAGAAGAAGAAGAAGAAGAAGAAGAAGAAGGGACGGCUCGACGGGGAUGCAAGGGGAGAACGAUAAAGGUGACGCGUUGUGGAGAAAGUAACCGGCACUGCGAAGCUUAUGGCCGGCAAUUCCGUCGCGGGACCCGGCGGUACACACAUCGGGCAGCUUAGGCCCGAGUGCAGCGCGGCGCUAUGGCAAAAGUGACGCAACCUGGCGACAGUUCGGAGGACUGGCGCCGGCAGACCGUGCGGGAGGAGCAGAAAGCGCGGCCGAAGAAGAAGAAGCGCAAGAAGGACCUCGUCGACCUGCACCAGAGACUGCGCAAUCCUGCCAAACGAGACCGGAAGCCGACCCAGAGGCAGGGCAAUUUUGUAAAGCUUCUGCACCGUUUCGCCGACGUACGAGAGGAAUAUGGCAAAGAGACGAAAACCGUUGGCAAGUUGGGAAAAGCGCGAAAUACGAAAAAGUUGUCGAAUAGGAUUCUUCCUAGACGCAUGUCUGGGAUUUACAGAAAUGGCGCCAUCGGCAAAGAAAUACGAAGACCAAACGCGCUGGUUUCCUUGAACGGUUCGAACAACGCCAGAUUGGAGGAGGACGUUAUGAAGCUUCUUCAAGGCUACGAGAAGAAUGCUGAGAGCGUUGUACUCGAUGGCAAUCGAAAAGAAACGGAGGUUCUGGUGGUCGAUUCCGUCAUCAGAGAUACCCUAUGCCCAACUCCACCCGACGCGGAUCUAGCGAGCCCGGUUUUGGGUAAAGUGGAUGGAAAGAAGCUACACAACAGAGAUGAACGGGAAGGACAAGGUGGUCCGUCUAACUAUGUUGACCUUUCCCACUUGGUCCGUGAAAGAAGGAAGGCGGUGAACAUUGAACAGUUGCAAGAUUCCGCUAUUAGACGGUACGAGGACCUAUGUGCCACCGUUCGCAGAAAUUUCGAGGGGUUGAAUCUUCCGGAUCAAUUAACAACAGAUCCACUGUCAUCGGUGAAGAUGAAGCUGCGAAGCAUCUACGCGAAGUCCUUCCAGAGUCGGUAUUCAAGAGAUAUGCUGAAAUACGGGAGUGCUUUGAACGAACGGAGCACAAUGCCGAGCUUCGACUACUCGAAUCCCAUUCUAGCAGAAGCAGUGUACAGUUCUUCCGGUUUCGGAGAAUCCGCUAACCCAGGAGUGGCGAACCGGCGACCCACGAAUUACCGGUGCCCCUCGGCGCCGCUCCCUUCGCCCCUCUUAGGUCCUCGAGUGACUAGCGGUGGAAGCAGCGCGACUUCCAACGGGAAAGAAGUUCGUCGGCCUUACUCGAACUUAAUCGAAACAUUCGUGGACACCUCGGGCGCUCAGAAUGUCAAAAGGAGAACCACGAAACCGAACGAUUCGCAGGCGAAUCAAGACCCAUUAUUGUUGACACCGAGGGCCCGCGAGAAAAGGAAACAAGCUUCCUCGUCUCGCUUCUUAUUCGACACCUCCAUGCUAAGCUCAAACAGCUCGGCGAAUAAGGUGGGUGACGAAAGGGAGCGCGAAGCGCGCAGCGCGGACUCGGAAAGCGUUGCAAACCGAACAUCUUUGGAAGCGAACUGUCCUCCCAGCUUUGAAGACAAUCACAAAUCCGUCGACGACUUCAUAGCAUCUCGGAUGAGUAAGCAGUCGAUUUUCGCGCGAUCCAUGAUGGAAAUGCUGAAAGAGUCGAUAAGCAAGAGAUGUUUCGUAAAGCGCAAGAACCAACGCACGCAGACUACCAAUCUGUCGAAUAACCGGACGAGGAAGCAUCCCGGGAAGAGCAACGCGAAAGCGACGCAACAGGUGAACGCGAAGAACCUGAAGCACGUUCCGGCUAUACUUCGCAGGUGCAACAAAACGGAUAUAUUUCAGCCGCAAACGGGGAGGCUGUUCGAGGUACCAUCGAAUCCGGACGUUUCGUCUGCCUCGCCGUGCUUGAAAUCGGAAACGUCCAAAAACUCGGACGGCACUGCGAGCAGCACCGAUACCAAUGCGAUAAGCGUGCAAGCUUGCGUCGCGCCUUCGCCCAGCCUGCGCGAGGACCACGGAAGAAACCUUAAACCGGACGGCGAUCAGCAGUCGCACGUGAACGAUUUCUUCCUGAAGAAAUGCAAGAGCAAGCCCGCGAUACAGAAGACCGUGAUGUUCACCAAGAAGGACUCUCGCAGUAAGCGUCUACAAAUCAACGGCCCGAUGCCGGACAGGCCGGUGGAGGUCCUCCAACAGCUGGAGAAGUGCGAGAACUGUCAGCGAGCCGCGAUGAACUCCUACCGAUCGUUCGUCUGCUCGGACAAUUCAAACGAUUCGAACUACUGCAGCCAGGAAUUCAAGGAGGUCGGCAUCCCCCAGGUGCGACCGGUGCAGGUGCAGCGGGAGCCCGUUGUGUGCGAGAAGCUGUUCGUCAGGAAGCUGCCGCAGAAUCCUGUCUGCUUCGUGGCCGCGGAUCCAGGGAAACAGACUCAAGCCUGCGCGAAGAUCGAGAAGGUCUAUCGCCGAAACGACAACAGCGACGUGCGUAUAGUUCAAGGCUUCCAGAACCUGCAGCUGUUGCCGAUGGAGGACCAGAAGGCGAAGUACAACGGCCAGCGUGUCGGCGACACCGUGUUGUUCGAGGAACCGCCGAUCAAGUACCUGGCAUUCGACAACGACUCGGAGACUCAGAGGAUCCCUAUAUACGUCCGGAGCAAGCGGCGACCACAGUUCACCGCCGUGGACCAUGCAGAUAUCGUGAACUCGAAGGUAAAUUACCGGCUGGUCUCCUGUCCGGAGCCUACGCAGAAGAUUUUGCUGGUGCCGUCCCACGAGGAUGAUAAUCUCGUCUACGUGGAGGAGAAGGACUUGAACCGACCUGGCGUGUCCCACGAGCGUGUUACCCAGCCCAGGAAAAUGUGCUUCUGCCAGAACAUCGUUUCAGAGGCGCAGCCGGCCGUGCAGUGUCCCGAAAGCACGUCGAACGCGCGCGAGCUUCUUAUCGCGAAGCAGGAUCUGACGGGAAUCGCGAACACCGGAUACGAAGCCGUCGUUGCUCUGCAGACGAAUCGUGGCAAGAACCUGAGGAAGAGCAUCGGCAACUGGGAGGAGCUUCGACACCGACCGAGUCAUGAGCACGCAAUCACCAAGGAGGCCUGCGCGAGAAGUCACGGUACCUAUUAUAUGAAGUGAACGGGUUCGAAGCACUUGAAAUGUAUAUUGUAUUACAUGUAUUUUCUUUUCUGGUAGCCGAGUAAGUAUACACAAUUAUUUAUUGAUUUCUUUCGCACAUCGGAAAUAUAAAUAGAUUUUCCAGCAUACCGUUCCGAACGUUCGAGUUCGUACAUUUAUAGGAAGUGUGCGAGAUGCGACCGAGGGUUACAUUUGUCGACACGCAAUAUCGAAGCUUAGUCUUUUAAGCGGACUCCGGCGUUCUAUAUUUCUGCGAAGCUAGUUAUUUUUGUACAACUGUUUACGGUAUUGUUAACGAUAACUGUACGAGUCUCAAUGAUGUCGCAAUAACGCGAAGGCAGUUGUUCUCCGUACGACGAUUUCAAAUCAUUGUUCCGUUAGCGAUGUCCGCGCGCAGUCGCGAAAUCUUUAAAUUCGCCGCCAAGAAUGUGCGAACCGCGUUGGGUGCCGCCGAUUUAAGAUCUUCUUAGAAGGUUUUUCCAGCGGAAUUUGGAUCAGCGGAGUGAACGCGGUCUUCGAAUCCGCGUGAACUCGAAGAUGAGAAGAAAGAUAGUUUAAUUCUGUUUCUUUUUUCUUUUUCUUUUUCGAUCCGGAGAAGCGAAAUUGAUUAGGAUACAGAGAAUAAUGAGGCCAUCGAUGCGUGGCAAAUAGGAUUACGAGCGCGACAACGACGCGCGAAAGCAAACGAAUAAUUGCUGGCCCAUUUUAAUCAAGCUCCAACAACAAUUUUACAGGACGCCGACGGGAAUUACUACGUUAAUGUAGUUUACGUCUCGUUACAACGGAAACAUCAAUUUACUUCGCGUUGCGCGACGAUAAUCGUGAUGCGUUACGGUUAUGGACGGACAUUAUCGCUUUUGAAUAUAUUUUUUCGCGUUGCAAAUUUAUUUCGCUGGAAGCAAAUUAGUCGGAACGUCGCCGCCCCGGUAAAUCAGGAUUGCGGGGCCGACGAUUUUCAUCGCGAGAAUCGAAAUAUUUAUCGCAGAACAGCGUCGCACAGAUUAUUGCUAAAGUAUUUGUUAAUUUGAGAUAUUAUUUUUCACGGAGAAUGGCUUGGAUAAUGGUGCUUUCGCAUUCAUAUUUAAACGCUGGCGGAAAACUGUUGUUACUUGGUCGUGGUUUCUGUCUCUGCGAAUAAAAUAAAUAUGAUUUCUUUUGCGUU